AUGCUCGCAGUGCGGAGGGGAGGCGAUUCCUCAUCCAGUCCGAAAUGUCAUGAGAUAAAACACAAGGUGUUGGCUUACAUUCCGCUGAUAACGGAGGCGUGCUGCAAGCAGCUCGAUGUGUGGGAACGAUUGGAGGAAUUAAGGAAAGGGCGAGAGGCCCACAAGUCUCCUAAAAGUCCCUUUGAAUGGUACACAAAUCUGGAAAAACAUUCCCUCGAGGAGGAACAUGCUGACAGGAGAAGAGAGCAGUGUGAGCAGCGGGAUCUGCUGCUGCUUUUCCCCUCACUGUCCAAUCACAGCAUGGGGAGGUACUCUUUCAUAGUGUCCAGAGAGGAUGAAGAGGAGCCGCCGGGAGAUUCUAUCGGGAGCACCGUGUACAGCAAGCACUGGUUCUUCAGCACCCUGACCAAGCUUAUAGAUGUUGUUACAGCGGAUAAAGACAAACCGGUGGAAGGGGAGGAGGCCAGCGUGGAGCUGGAUGAAGACACGGAGAACGACUUCUGUAAAGUCUGGGACAUGACCAUGAACGAGGAGGUGGCGCAGUUCCUGGUAGAGUUCAACGCGGCCGAAAUAUUCUUAGGAGUGAUCACAAAAUCGAAAUGUAAUCGACUGACGGAAAUCUGCGUGGGAAUUCUGGGUAACAUGGCCUGCUUCCAGGAGACCUGCCUGAACCUCAGCAGCAACAAGGACUUGGGGGAAGUUCUUCUUCUACUUCUGAGUGACACGGACCCGCCAACAUUGCUGGAGACCUGCAGGCUGCUAUUGACGUGCUUGUCUCAGGUGGAAGUGAUGAGCAUGUGGCUGGAAAGGAUCAGGAAGCACCCCUCCAUCCGGGACAACCUGUGCUUCAUCAUGACCAGCUCCACCAAUGCGGACCUCCUGGUUAAAGUCGGGGAGUUGGUGGACAAGUUGUUUGACGUGGAUGAAGACAUAAUGGUUGAUUGGAUAAAAGCCGGCUGCCAGCAACCAGGGACUCCGAUUACUGAUAUAGAAGAAGAGAAGCCGCCCCCGCUGGGCCUUGUUCCUUCCCUACUGGAGGCCGCCAAGGAGCUGAAGGAUGAUAGUCCAGAAGGUCUCGAUGUGUACAUGCACAUAUUACAGCUGGUGACCACAGUGGAUGAGGGAAUUCAAUCUAUAGUGCAGUCCCCUGAAGACGGGAAGCGGACGUGGGAGUUCUUAUUUGAGCUGACGUGUCGGCACUUCUGUCAGCCCGAUGACCCCCCUCUGCUGGUCCAGGAGCACAAAACCAUCUUGUCCUCCAUCUUGGCCGUCAUGUCCGUCAUGUUCUCCUCACAGACGGAGAUGGAGUACGCGGAGACCGGAAAAAAUCUCCCGCUUAUAAACAGCCUGACCCGCAUUCUGGAGAACUUGGAGGCCUGCUGGCAGAAGAGCAGCGACAAACUCCAUGAUGGAGGUGAUCCAGAAGAUGGCGCGAUUGAGGAGGACUUCCACCUGAAGAUCCUGAAGGACGUGUGCUGUGAAUUCCUCUCCAACAUCCUCUCACAGCUAACAAAGGAGAACAUAUCAGAGGCACUCAAACAAGGACACAUCACCGAGAAGAAGUGUCUGUGCGCUCUCCAGAACUUGCUCCCCCUCUAUUCUCUUUCAGUGAACAGUUUCCUCGCGGUUUUGGGAGAAGCGGAUCAGGACUUGUCUGAGACUCUGCGGAAAGAGAUGACCACCCUGAGAGAGGAGUGCUGAGAGCG